CUCACCCUACUAAUCAUUUUGUGACCAAGAAAACAUAAUCCCAGACAGAGAGAAUAGGUGGCUAGGCAUAGGCAUGGGUGCCAAAACAGAUUUCACGAUGACGGUGAGCAAGGAGGAAACUGUGGCAGCAGGGUUACCAUUGCAGGAACACUGGCUACCAUUCUCUAACCUCGACUUGCUUCUUCCCUCCGUCGAUGUGGGAGUCUUCUUUUUUUACGAUAAACCAGAAACCUGCAGCACGAGCUUCCCUUCCAUGGUCAGUGUCCUCAAGAAAUCUUUGUCUCAGGCUCUCGUCUCCUACUACGCAUUUGCGGGUGAGGUCGUGACCAACACCGUUGGUGAACCCGAACUCCUUUGCAAUAAUCGUGGGGUGGAUUUCGUUGAAGCUUAUGCAGAUGUGGAGCUUCGAAACCUGGACCUGCACAACCCUGAUGAAACCAUUGAAGGCAAACUCGUACCUAAGAAGAAACAUGGAGUGCUCUCGGUCCAGGCAACAGAACUUAGAUGCGGCGGAACAGUGGUGGCAUGCACAUUCGAUCACCGUAUAGCUGAUGCAUACUCAGCCAACAUGUUUCUUGUAUCAUGGUCUGAAAUGGCAAGAUCCAAGUCAAUGUCUUCAGUACCGUCUUUUCGCCGGUCUCUGAUGAACCCGAGGUAUCCAGGGCGCAUCGACGUGUCUCUGGAUCGAAUGUAUGUGCCCAUAUCCUCAUUACCACCCCCGAAACGGCACCUUGAUCAACCCACUGAUACUCUUAUUAGUCGUAUAUAUUAUGUUGCUUCUGAGAAACUCAAUGAUCUCCAAUCACUGGCUUGCUCCGAUGGAUACAAAAGAACCAAGCUGGAGUCCUUCAGUGCAUUUUUAUGGAAAAUGGUAGCACUCCUUGCUGCCAAAGAUGGUUUCAAGUUCACCAAGAUGGGGAUUGUUGUGGACGGAAGGGUUAGAUUAGGUGAAGGAGAUGAAGACAAAGCAAGUCUAAUGAGUUCUUAUUUCGGAAACGUUCUUUCCAUUCCAUUUGGGGGCCAAAGCGUAAAUGAUCUGAUCGAAAAACCAUUGUCAUGGGUAGCUAAUCAGGUUCAUGAUUUCCUGGACCAAGCAGUGACAAAGGAACAUUUCCUGGGCCUGAUUGACUGGGUCGAAGCUCACCGUCCCGAGCCAGCACUCGCUAAGAUAUACAGCAACGGAAGCGACGAAGGGCCGGCUUUCGUAGUGUCGUCGGGGCAGCGUUUCCCGGUUUCGAAAGUGGAUUUCGGAUGGGGACGUCCUGUUUUCGGUUCAUACCAUUUCCCUUGGGGAGGGGAUUCAGGAUAUGUAAUGCCGAUGCCAAGUCCUGCUAGGGAAGGUGAUUGGGUGGUGUACGUGCACCUUUUUAAAAGGCAACUGGAGCUGAUAGAGGCGGAAGCUGGUAAUGUGUUGAGGCCCCUCGCUUUCGAUUACCUUCAAGUGGAUUAACCUGCUCCUGCUAUGGUUUCUUCGGUUUAAACGUUCUCGAUUACUUGUAACAAAACCGUCCCAUGUUCCCCCAACUUUGUAUUCUCGGUCAUGUUACCGAACAGUGUUUUAGAAAUGUUGUGUUUGAAGCUGGACUUGCAGUCCUACAGCUUGCUGCUUUGGAAUUUCUGUUGUGU